AUGGACGUCAGCCAGGUGCUUGAGAGCACUUUCUCACCAGAUGCAUCAGCACGUCAGAAUGCAGAACAGCAGCUGUCCCAAGCAGCUGAGCUCAAUUUUUCAACAUAUCUGAUUACACUUGCGCAGGAACUUGCAAAUGAAAAAGCCCAACCGGGUGUUCGUCAAGCCGCCGGUAUUGCCCUGAAGAACGCAUUCUCAGCGCGAGAGUACACUCGUCUACGCGAGAUUCAGUCACGAUGGCUUCAGAGUGUCGAUGUCAAUACCAAGAACUCUGUGAGGGAGCUGGCCCUGCAAACACUCGCUUCGAAGGACACACGGGCAGGCCAGGCUGCAGCGCAGUUUAUCUCAUCAAUAGCAGCAAUCGAUAUUCCACGAAAUCAGUGGCAAGAAUUGAUGCCCGCUCUGGUAGAGAACGUCGGCGAAGGCGCGGACCACCUCAAGCAGGCCUCUUUACAGACCAUUGGUUACAUUUGCGAAGCUGAGGACCAGGACCUGCGCGAUAGCCUCGUACAACAUUCCAACGCCAUUCUUACCGCCGUCGUCCAAGGCGCGCGGAAGGAGGAGAGUAAUAAGGACGUACGACUGGCGGCUAUCAACUCGUUGUCAGACUCCUUAGAGUUCGUGCGGACCAACUUUGACAAUGAAGGAGAGCGGAAUUAUAUCAUGCAGGUCAUUUGUGAAGCUACUCAAUCUGGAGAUAACCGCAUUGAAGCCAGUUCUUACGGCUGCUUAAAUCGGAUUAUGGGUCUCUACUAUGACAAAAUGAAAUUCUACAUGGAAAAGGCACUCUUCGGACUGACUAUUAUGGGCAUGAAGAACCAGGAGGAAGAUGUGGCCAAGCUUGCGAUCGAAUUUUGGUGCACGGUCUGCGAGGAGGAGAUUGCCAUUGAGGACGACAAUGCUAUGGCUGCCGCUGAAGGGUCCGAGUUACGACCGUUUUUUAAAUUCGCUCGGAUAGCAUUUCGCGAGGUUGUGCCUGUACUACUACACCUCCUAGCUCAACAAGAUGAAGACGCCUCCGACGAGGAUUACAAUAUUUCGAGAGCAGCGUACCAAUGUCUGCAAUUGUAUGCUCAGACAGUCGGUGGAGAGCUCGUACAGACGGUGCUAAGUUUCGUGGAGGUGAACUUGCGGCAUGCGGAUUGGCAUUUCCGUGAUGCGGCUGUCUCAGCUUUCGGUGCAAUCAUGGAAGGUCCAGAUGAGAAGAUGCUCCAACCCUUGAUCAAACAGGGUUUGCCUGUUCUAAUUGGCAUGAUGGACGACCCUGUUGUCCAGGUCAAAGACUCAGCAGCGUUCGCGCUGGGUCGAAUCUGUGAGAACGUUUCGGAAUCUAUUGAUCCUCAGGAACAUCUUCGACCACUUAUUGGGGCUCUCUUCGGAGGUCUCUCGAGUAGUCCGAAGAUGGCAGGCUCCUGUUGCUGGGCCUUAAUGAACCUUGCGGAGAGAUUUUCAGGAGAUCCAGGCUGUCAAGAAAAUCCUAUGUCACCACACUUUCAAGAGAGUAUACAGCGAUUACUUGCUGCGACAGAGGGUCCUGAGGCCGAUAACCAAUUGCGGAUGGCUGCCUAUGAAGUUCUGAAUGCGUUCGUGACGAAUGCUGCAAACGACAGCCUUCCCAUCGUCGCCAAAUUGUCGGAAGUGAUUCUUGAGCGCUUGGAAAAGACGAUACCCAUGCAACAGCAGAUUGUAAGUGUAGAGGAUCGAAUUACGCUUGAGGAAAUCCAGACGAGCCUUACCAGUGUUCUACUUGCCAUUGUGCAAAGGCUGGAGGGGGAGAUCAAGCCUGCAGCUGACCGCAUCAUGAACGUGCUUCUGCAAAUUCUGAGUUCGGUCGGUAGCAAAUCCAGCGUUCCAGAUACCGUCUUCGCCGCUGUCGGGGCUUUGGCAAAUGCGCUCGAAGAAGACUUUGCAAAAUACAUGAAUUCGUUCAGCUCCUUCUUGUACAAUGCUCUAGGUAACCGAGAGGAGCCUGGAUUAUGUGCCAUGGCCAUUGGACUCGUCAGCGACGUUACUCGAGCACUAGGACAGCUGUCUCAACCAUACUGCGACACAUUCAUGAACUACCUACUUCAAAACCUCAGUGACAAAUCCGUCAGUAAUCAAUUCAGACCGGCUAUCCUCCAAACCUUUGGGGACAUUGCUCAGGCUAUAGGAUCGCACUUUGAAACGUACCUGUCUGUGGUAGCUCAAGUAUUACAGACAGCCGCCAGUGUUACGAUGGGGGAGAGCGCCGCUUUCGAAAUGUUCGAUUAUGUGAUCUCAUUGAGAGAAGGGAUCAUGGACGCGUGGUCGGGUGCUAUCCUCGCGAUGAAAACCAAACCCCAAAUCUUGAUGCCGUAUGUCGAGUCAGUAUUCUCGAUAUUGAGUGUGAUAGCUCAGGACCCCAACCGGAGUGAGGCUCUCGUACGCUCUGCCAUGGGCGUCAUUGGAGACUUAGCAGACACAUUCCCCAAUGGCGAAUACGCCAACUACUACCGUGCCGAAUGGAUCACACAAAUGAUCAAGGAAACGAAGAGCAAUCGCGAGUUCCAAGGGCGUACCAUCGAGACUGCUCGCUGGGCUCGGGAACAAGUGAAGCGACAGACCGGGAACGCUCAAGCCGCUCAUCUGUCUUAA